AUGGCUGCGUCGAAUGCAAACGUCGUCACGUCAAGGUAUUAUACUCUAUCAUCAUAUGAAACAACUACCGGGACACAGCCUGUCCAAUUCAACAAGCUAGACGCUGAUUUGUGCUACAGUGCGAUGAGACCAGGCCAAAAUGCGUCAAUUGCCAUGUUUCAAAGCGUCACUGUUCAUAUGAAGAUCCAUCGAUCAAAGUCAAAACGUGCUGCCAUAAAUAAUGAAGUACCUGUGAAAUCUUCGCAUGUUGCCGAUUCUGGUGUCACAAAUGACAGUCCUCCAGUUAACAAAUUGCACUUGGAAUUAUUCCAUCACUUUGCUACGGACGUUUUGGCGUUCCCUGGCUUUGAUAUGCUCUCAUCCGAGGGCUCUGCUAUCGACAUGACUAGAUACAUAUUGUCUGCGCCAUAUCUCAUGAACCAAAUCUUGGCUUUCGCUGCAUUACAUCUCAGCGUUAUUCAUACAACAAGACAGGAAUUCUACCAAUAUCAUUCUUCACAGCUUCAAACACACGCUCUGUCCGAAUUCAAUGGCGGAAACCUGGACGUAUCUGCCGACACUUGCGUGCCCAUGUUUCUUUUUUCUUCAUGUCUGGCAAUGCAUGUUCUCGCCGAAAAGUUAUUGUUUCGCCCCGAUAGCUUCGAAGAUUUUCUCGAUCACUUUGUUCAGUCACUGAGGAUGCAUCGUGGCGUUCGUGCAGUUACAAAUAAAUCGUGGCAUCUACUUUUGCAGUCACCGCUUAAACCUCUGCUUGAAAUCGAACAAAUGAUCUUGGAUCAAAGUACAUCUGGCAAUGAGUGUGUCGAGCUCCUAGCACAUUUGGAUGCUAUCUAUGAUCCAGUGAUCGACUCUAUCUACCGACAGACCAUUGAAGACUUACAAAAAGCCUUCAAUGCAAGUCGCUCGCCUUUAUCAAACUUCUCAAGAAUUGGUCCAAUCAUUUUCUGGCCGGUGAACAUUACUCCAGAGUACAUAGACCUACUUUCAGAGCGUCGACCAGAAGCACUUGCUGUUUUGUCCCACUUCGGAGCCCUUUUACACCUGCACCGUGAGAUAUGGACUUUUGGAAAUAGUGGUCUUUAUCUAAUUUCUUCUAUCAGUAAUUACCUUGGGCCGCAGUGGGAAAGUUGGCUUCGCUGGCCGAACACGUUCAUGCACGAGCCAUGA